AUGGGGAAAUUAAUUUCCAAAUGGGUUGGAGUGUUUUUGAUGAUACUUGUGUUUACUAUAUGGAUAGCAGAAUGCCGAAAACUUGAGAGGGAGACCCUGGGAGUUGGUAUUGGUGGAGGUGUUGGAGGUGGUGUUGGUGGUGGUAUAGGAAUUGGAAUUGGAGGUGGUGUUGGAGGUGGUGUUGGUGGUGGUAUAGGAAUUGGAAUUGGAGGUGGAGGUAUAGGAGUUGGAGGCGGAGCUGGCGGUGGAAUAGGUGGAGGCAUAGGAGUUGGAGGCGGAGCUGGCGGUGGAAAAAGUGGAGGUCGAGGACAUGGAGGCGGAGGUGGAGGAGGUGCUGGUGGUGGUUCUAAGGGUGGAGGACAUGGGGGUGGAAGUGGAAGAGGAGGUGGUGGUGGAAAAGGAGGAGGGGGAUUUUAG